AUGAAGAACAACUCUAUGAUAAAUGAAUUUAUUUUGUUAGGACUCACAGAUUUUUGGGAGCUUGAAAUUUUCUUUUUUGUGGUCUUCUCUCUGGCCUAUACAUCAAUCUUGGCUGGAAACUGUCUCAUUAUACUUAUAGUUACCCUUGACACCCACCUGCACUCGACCCCCAUGUACUUCCUCCUGGCUAACCUCUCUUUUCUUGACAUGACUCUUUCCACUGUUACUGUCCCCAAGAUGAUCAUAGAUUUCUUCAGGGAGAGAAAAACUAUCUCUUUGUGGGGCUGCAUGGCACAAAUGUUUCUAGCUCAUCUCUUGGGAGGGAGUGAGAUGACUCUUCUCAUAGUGAUGGCUGUUGACAGAUAUGUUGCAAUAUGUAAGCCCCUCCACUAUAUGACUAUCAUGAACCAUCGAAUUCUGGUAGGAAGUGUGCUGCUCUCGUGGACAGUUGGCUUUGUGCACACUAUGAGCCAAAUGGCCUUUAUGGUGAGUCUGCCCUUCUGUGGCCCUAAUGUGAUUGAUGAUGUUUUUUGUGAUCUUCCCCUGGUGUUGAAACUUGCCUGCACUGACACAUAUAUCCUGGAGCUGCUUGUCAUUGCUGACAGUGGACUACUUUCCCUGAUCUCCUUCAUUCUUUUGCUCAUCUCCUAUACGGUGAUAUUAGUCACUGUCCGGCAUCGCUCCUCUACUGGGCUUUCUAAAGCUCUGUCUACACUGACUGCUCAUAUAACAGUGGUAACUCUCUUCUUUGGACCAGUCAUCUUAAUCUAUGCUUGGCCAGUUAGUAGCUAUUCAUUAGACAAAUUUUUCUCAGUGUUUUACUCAGUUAUCACUCCUCUCCUUAAUCCAAUUAUCUACAGCUUGAGGAAUCAGGAGAUGAAAACUGCCAUGAUUCGAUUGAGAAACCAGCACAUUAGCUCUAAUCCAGCCUUCUAA